GUGUUAACUUACAAGUGUUGCUUGUGCAUACAUGCAAAUUGUAACUAUCACUGUGACAACAAAACCUAGCGCACUGUUUAUUCAUCUAAAUUUCACUACUGUCGCUAUUCUGGAACGAUAUUUUUGUUUAAUUUAUCUUAAUUCUUCUAAGCUAUCUUUGUUGGCGAUAUAAUUCCCUAAAACGUUGUUGUGAGGCUAUUGAUUUACGAUGGUUUUCUGAUUCCGUGUCGAUUGCUUGGAAUUUAAUGUUGCGAACUUACGUUUUGAUAAGGUCUGGGGAAUGAUCAUCUAAGACGCUUUCGAGCCUGGCAGUUUGAACAAUAUCCUGGACGGCCAUUUACAGUUAUGGGGGAAGUGAAUUUUUUGCAAGAUGAUGAUAAUCAAUUGGAGAUUACACGAGCUAGAUUUGGAAGUGUGAUUAAAAGACAUGGAGAUUUGACAGAGCGUCUUGCUAGGGAUUCUGACAAGAUAAUAUUUGAGCGUCUACAGAAAGAGUUUGAAGCUGCACGAGCUUCUCAAACUGAAGAGAUACAUUUAGAUGGGGAAGAGUGGAAUGAUGGUCUACUAGCUACAAUAAGAGAGCGGGUGCAUAUGGAGGCAGACAGAAAAGCAAUGCAUGGGGAUGCUGAUAUAUUAGCAUGUCCUCAGGAAAAAAUUACAUAUAAAAUUGGAAACAAGGUAAUUUGCUGUUUGGAAAGGGCAAGAAUUGGUGUACAAUAUGAGCCAUCUUUUGCUGGUGAACCUUGUGAGUUUUACCAUUGUGUGCUGGAGAGCAAGUCAUUUCUUGAAAAGAUGACUGUCCUUGAACACACAGUUCCAUUUUUCCUGCCUAUACGUGAAAUAGAAAAUGACCUCCUUUCAUCCAAUGCAAUGAAAUUCAUAGAUCAUGUUGGAGAUCUAUUGCAGGCUUUUGUGGAUCGACGGGAACAGGUCCGACUUAUAAAGGAACUCUAUGGAAAUCAAAUUAGAGAGUUGUAUCAUAGCCUACCCUACCAUAUGAUCGAAUUUGUAUUGGAUGAUUUUGAUUGCAAGGUGACAGUCAGCCUUCGAUAUGCAGAUCUCAUUUCGGUGCUUCCGACUCGAAUUUCAGUGCUAGCCUGGCCAAUGAUCAAUAAAAAUACUACAGCAACUUUGAACAGGAAGGAUGAUGGACUCUCAGGAAGUCAUUCUUCUCCAUUGCGCUUAACCUAUGCAGAAGAAGCCUUACGAACCAUGAGUUUACCCGAAGCAUAUGCGGAGAUUGUAUUAAACUUGCCACAAGCGCUACAACAGACGUAUCAUCAAAAAGCCCCCUCCUAGAGCUUCGCCCUAUCAGUAGUCUAGAUUCAUCUGUAAAAAUUCUUGUUAGAAAUGUUAAAUAUUAGGAAAAAAAUAACUCGAGAAUUAUUACCAAUUUACCUUGCCAAAUUGCUCAUAGGCUGUACCAUUAUUGUCGUAUAGCAUUUGUGUUUUGCCCCCCGUGGCCUUGUUACCUACUCCGGUGUCUUGUAUCAUUAGCACGACAGGGCUAGGUUUACAUUGUUAUCAUUCAUCUCUUCUUCAAUAAUUCAAUAUAUAUGUAAUUUGGUUUCAUAUAAGUUACAUCUUUUUUA